AUGGGUAGCAAACUAUCGCCCCUGCUAGCAGAUGUUUUCAUGAGCGAUUUUGAAACCGAAGCUCAAAAACACAAACUCUUCCCAAGAGUUUGGAAGCGCUAUGUAGAUGAUGUUUUUGCCCCUAUCAAAGAGCGCUAUUUGGACCAAACGCUAGCAAUGCUUAACUCCCAGCACAGCACUAUUAACUUUACUGUCGAGAAGGAGGUUGAUGGAAAAUUACCCUUCCUAGAUCUACUGAUCAGUAGAAACGAUGACGACAUGCUAAAGUUUGGUAUCUAUCGAAAGCCAACAUCAACCGAUCGAUACAUUACUGCCGACUCUAACCACUACGGCACACAGAAAAAAGCUGCAUUUCAUUCAAUGGCACACAGACUCCACAACGUGCCCAUGGAUAACAUUGAAUUUAACGAAGAGAAGUCUCGGAUCUUUAAAGCAGCUGAAAUUAACGGCUACGAUAAGGGUUUCGUAGACAAAAUUCUCCAAAAACAUAAACGGAAAAAACGCCGGCAGAACAUCACGACCCUACAACCUGCAACAGAAGAAGUUAAAAGAAUCAGUCUCCCAUUCUACCCGAAAGUCACAAAUCCAAUUAAAAAUACACUCCGACGACAAGGACUUCAUGUUGUACAUAAGAGUGACAACACGUUACGCGAUCUACUGUGUAACUUGAAGGACAAAGUCCCACCGGAAGAGCAAUCUGGCAUAUAUCAGGUACCUUGCAACGACUGCCCGGCGGUUUACAUCGGUCAAACACGCCGCAAGGUCAAGGUACGUUUGAAAGAACAUAAAAACGCAGUGGAAACCAACAAACCCAACGAAUCCGGAGUUGCAGCACAUACGGUAGCUUCUACGCAUAGCAUAGACUGGAAGAAUGCGAAGCUGAUCAAGGCAGUUAGAAAGGCUUCGCAUCUCAACGCCUGGGAGUCUAUGCUCAUAUCAAACGAAACGCAGCCAUUGAUGAACGAAGAUGACCCCCCUAUCACAUCAAGUCUUUUUGGCCUGGUAAAAACGACGACGAUCAACUGA